AACGGAGGGGCUGCAAAAAACUGUACAACCCAACCAUCCACUAAGUUCAAACUUGUCGCUCUCCUUGGUCUUGGAUCUGAGUUCUUUCAUCUGUGCGAUCUCUCGACAUGGUGAGCGAAAACCCUUUCAAUCGGAUACUCAAGGCACUCGAGAAACCUGGUGGCGGUGAAUUCGGAAAAUACUACAGCUUGCCGGCUCUCAAUGAUCCUCGAAUUGAUAAGCUGCCAUAUUCAAUCAGGAUUCUUCUAGAAUCAGCCAUUCGUAACUGUGAUGAGUUCCAGGUCAAGAGUAACGAUGUGGAAAAGAUCAUUGACUGGCAGAACACUGCCCCAAAACUUGUUGAAAUACCAUUCAAGCCUGCUAGAGUACUGCUACAGGAUUUUACUGGUGUUCCUGCUGUUGUUGAUCUUGCAUGUAUGCGUGAUGCCAUGAACAAUCUUGGAGGAGAUUCGAGCAAAAUUAACCCAUUGGUUCCAGUUGAUCUUGUCAUUGAUCACUCAGUUCAGGUGGAUGUGGCCAGGACGGAAAAUGCAGUGCAGUCAAACAUGGAACUCGAGUUUCAAAGAAACAAAGAAAGAUUUGCUUUUCUCAAGUGGGGUUCAAACGCAUUUGACAACAUGCUAGUUGUUCCUCCAGGAUCUGGUAUAGUCCACCAGGUCAAUUUGGAAUACCUUGGGAGAGUUGUGUUCAAUACCAACGGCUUGCUUUACCCUGAUAGUGUUGUUGGGACCGAUUCACACACAACUAUGAUAGAUGGUCUGGGUGUUGCUGGUUGGGGAGUUGGUGGGAUUGAAGCUGAAGCCACAAUGCUUGGCCAGCCCAUGAGCAUGGUUCUUCCUGGUGUUGUUGGAUUUAAGCUGUCAGGAAAGCUAAGAAAUGGUGUCACAGCUACUGACUUGGUUUUGACAGUGACUCAGAUGCUAAGGAAGCUUGGGGUUGUUGGCAAGUUUGUUGAGUUCUAUGGUGAAGGCAUGAGUGAAUUGUCAUUAGCUGACCGUGCCACCAUUGCCAACAUGUCUCCUGAGUAUGGUGCCACCAUGGGAUUCUUUCCUGUGGAUCAUGUCACACUACAAUACCUAAGACUGACCGGGAGAAGUGAUGAAACUGUAUCUAUGAUCGAGUCGUACUUAAGGGCCAACAAAAUGUUUGUUGACUACACUGAGUCACAGACAGAUAGAGUUUAUUCCGCUUAUCUAGAAUUGCAGCUCGAGGAAGUAGAACCCUGUGUAUCAGGGCCGAAGAGGCCACAUGAUCGUGUUCCUUUGAAAGAAAUGAAAUCUGAUUGGCAUUCAUGCUUGGACAGUAGGGUGGGUUUUAAGGGUUUUGCAGUGCCAAAGGAAGCUCAGAGCAAGGUUGCAGAGUUUGAUUUUCUUGGGACUCGUGCACAACUUAGACACGGGGAUGUUGUCAUAGCAGCUAUUACAAGUUGCACAAAUACCUCAAACCCUAGUGUAAUGCUUGGAGCUGCACUGGUUGCAAAGAAAGCUUGUGAACUAGGCUUGGAGGUUAAACCAUGGAUUAAGACAAGUCUAGCUCCAGGAUCUGGUGUUGUCACAAAAUACCUACAAAAGAGUGGCUUGCAGAAGUAUUUGAAUCAGCUUGGGUUUCACAUUGUUGGGUAUGGAUGCACAACUUGCAUUGGCAACUCGGGAGAUAUUCAUGAAGCUGUAGCAGCAGCUAUUACUGAAAAUGAUUUGGUGGCUGCUGCAGUGUUAUCCGGGAACAGGAAUUUCGAGGGUAGGGUGCAUCCAUUGACUAGGGCAAAUUAUUUGGCUUCCCCUCCGCUUGUGGUUGCAUAUGCCCUUGCUGGAACAGUUGACAUUGACUUUGAAACCGAACCAAUUGGCGUAGGAAAGGAUGGGAAGGAGAUCUUUUUCAGAGACAUUUGGCCAUCCACGGAGGAAGUUGCCGAUGCUGUACAAUCAAACGUGUUGCCUGAUAUGUUUAAGGCUACAUACGAAGCAAUCACCAAAGGAAACCCAAUGUGGAACGACUUGUCAGUAUCUGCAAGGAGUCUCUACGCUUGGGAACCAACAUCGACAUACAUCCACGAGCCACCUUACUUCAAGGGCAUGACCAUGUCUCCUCCUGGGCCCCACUGUGUGAGAGAUGCUUACUGUCUGCUCAAUUUUGGAGAUAGCAUUACGACAGAUCACAUCUCUCCUGCCGGUAGCAUUCACAAAGACAGCCCUGCAGCUGCAUACCUUAUGGAGCGUGGGGUCGAUCGAAGAGACUUCAAUUCCUACGGCAGCCGACGUGGUAAUGAUGAGGUGAUGGCUAGGGGUACAUUCGCCAAUAUUCGCAUCGUCAACAAGUUCCUAGCCGGACAAGUUGGUCCUAACACCAUCCAUAUUCCCUCUGGUCAGAAGCUCUCCGUCUUUGAUGCUGCCAUGGUAAGUAAGAAUUUCUUAAAACCUUGCCCUACUAGUUGCCAAUUGGAGCUAAUGCGGUACAAGAGUGAAGGGAAAGACACCAUCAUUUUGGCUGGUGCAGAGUAUGGAAGUGGAAGUUCUCGGGAUUGGGCUGCAAAGGGUCCAAUGCUUUUGGGUGUGAAAGCUGUAAUUGCAAAGAGUUUCGAGAGGAUUCACCGCAGCAACUUGGUGGGGAUGGGUAUCAUCCCAAUGUGCUUCAAGACAGGAGAGGAUGCAGAUACACUUGGCUUAACUGGCCAUGAACAUUACACCAUCGAGCUCCCAAGCAGCAUCAGUGAGAUCAGACCUGGUCAAGAUGUGAAGGUGACAACAGAUGAUGGCAAGUCUUUCACAUGCACAUUACGUUUUGAUACAGAGGUGGAACUUGAAUAUUUCAACCACGGAGGAAUACUGCAGUACGUGAUCAGGAACUUGAUUGGCUCAAAUCAGUGAAAUGGUGAGGAAUUUCACUACAACGAGAGUGAGAGUGAGCAUGCAUGCUUGCUUGAGAUGUUGGUUGUCCAUUGAAAUCAGCUAUCUGCUCCUACAUUUCUCUCCAGAGUGCGACGGACGUGCUUGGGAUGCAGAUACACAGUUGUUUCAUUGCUGGGAUUCGUGAUUGCAUUUGUUUCACUUUUAUUGAACGAUAAUAAGUGAACAAACAUUUCCCAAUUUUUUUUUUUUGUUUCAAUCUUUUGGAAACGUAGGGAAUUCUCAAAUUAAGGUGAUAUUUGCGAUACGAGUCGGACAAUUAUGAUUGAUAUUUUUAGUGAAAUUAAACAAAGACCUCACUGUCUGUUAAAAGUGCUACUAUUUUCUCUGAAGGAAAAAGGGCGAUCAAAAUUUCCUUCA